AUGGCGACUAAGAACCUGUACUGGCGACGUGCGGUGGCUGGAUCCAACGCAAAAGCAUGCUGGAUCUGCUACAAGCCCAGCACCUGUGUGUUGACCACCCCGGAAGGAGACGAUUACUUCUACGUUUGUCCAGGGCACCUGACCGAUGCCAAAUUCGCCAUAGCCAAAGAUGCGGAAGAUCUCGCAAAGAAGCAGCGCGAUGAGGAAAUCGAGAAGGAAAUCGAGGCAGUGAAGAAAGAGUUCGAGGAGAAGAUGCGCAAGAAGCUCGAUCGAAGGCGUCAGAAGGAGUAUGAGAAAGACGGGGAGAAGCCAAAAGAGGACAAGAAGGAGGAAGAGAACGAUGAUGCCAAGGAUAAGAAGGAGAAGGAGGAGAAGCUCAAGGAGUUGGAGAAGAAGAAGGAACCUGAGAAGACGAAGAUUGAAGGGCCGCGGAUCUUUGAGCUCCAGAAGCACUUCUUUCAAAUGCGCUUGCAGAAGAAGCGUGAUCAGGAGCAGGCGAAACGGAAUCGCGAACGAUUGCGGAACCCGACUUCGUUCCCAAGUGCACCAUCUGGAGAUUUGUCGUGA